UGAUCUCAACCUCCACCGUCCGCCGCAGUAAGAUUCGCUGAUGAUGGUGACGUCUCUCUGCCUAUUCUUAUUAUUCUGUCAAUAAUUUAUCGCGGUGACUUGUUUAACAUGUCCCUGUCUAUCUUCUUGGAUGUUUGGGUUUAACUCCUACGCAAUUUGCUCGGGCGCAAUCGAUACCUCCGGCCUAUAGUCUCUCGCUUGUAUAUUCUAUCACAUCGUCUGAGUGGUAGGAUUGCAAUUUCCUGUCCCGUUGUUACCCAUUAAACAUUUUGAAAUCUGGGAUAUAGGUGUCCAUCUCCGACGCCAUGUUCGUACUACCUCCUCCCCCGCCUCGGUACUCGAUGCCUUUGGCGUACGCUAAUGGCACGGUAAACGGCUUGCCGGUACCAAUUAUCGAAACAAGCAACGUUCUAAAACGUCCCGAAGGGGGCUGCUCCCUUCAGGUUGGAGAAGGAACUUAUGUCCUUAGGGACGAUCUACUCCUUGCCACUCCACCUCCCCAUCCUUCCGAGGCUCCCAUUACCAGCACGAACCCUCUAGCUACGGUUGUCCAUCCCCCGACGUGUGGGGUUAAGCUAUCUCUAGUCGUCGUCCAGCCCCGCAAAUCUGUUCCUCAGCUCUACAGAGUGAGGACGUCGGUGAGUGGAAGGUCGGAUCUUCGGAGCAUUAGAGAAAGUGAUAGUAGUGAAGGCCGGCCGACAUCUGACACAUUGGAGACUUGCGGAUCAGCCCCGGCAUUUGGAGAAGGCAGCCUCGCUCUCGCAACGAAUAUAGGCAAGGAGGGGCCAGGCUUAAAACGACGUAAACCCAAGAACAAUAUCCUCAAAAGCAGUUCUACCUUUGUUUCUCGCGUCAUUACCCAUGAUGCAGCAGCGAAGAGGCUGGCGGAGAGAAGUCCUGACGGUGUCUAUGCUUUCGCUAAUAUCAAUCGUGCUUUUCAAUGGCUGGACCUUAGCUCCAAAACGAAACAGGAACCUCUAACCAAGAUCCUUUUCACGAAGGCGCAUAUGCUUUGCCAUGAUGUGAAUGAACUGACGAAAAGUACAACACACCUGGAUGUGAUUAUGGGCUCGUCUGUCGGGGAUAUCCUGUGGUAUGAGCCAAUGCAGCAAAAGUAUGCUCGCAUCAACAAGAACGGGGCCAUAAAUAGUUCUCCGAUAAACCAGAUCCGGUGGAUUCCUGGCUCGGAGCACCUUUUCCUCGCCGCGCAUACAGAUGGUAGCCUUAUUGUAUAUGAUAAAGAAAAAGAGGAUGCGCCAUUCGUUCCAGAAACUGCGGACAUUAGCCAGCCUAAACCCGAUGAUGAGAAGAAAUCUCAUAAUUCGAGCCAAACUUUGACAAUUUUGAAAUCCGUCAAUUCGAGGAAUCAGAAGACCAACCCUGUUGCCUACUGGAAGCUUUCGAACCACCGAAUCAACAACAUCGCGUUCUCCCCCGAUAGUCGACAUCUGGCUGUUGUUUUGGAAGAUGGCUCACUCCGGAUUAUUGACUAUUUAAAGGAACAAGCCAUUGACACGUUCAUGAGUUACUAUGGAGGGAUGCUUUGUGUUUGCUGGUCUCCAGAUGGGAAAUACAUUUUGACCGGAGGCCAAGAUGAUCUCGUUUCCAUUUGGUCCCUCUCUGAGCGCAAAAUUGUUGCACGCUGCCAAGGUCACCACUCGUGGGUCUCGUGUGUGGCAUUUGAUCCUUGGCGAUGUGAUGAGAGGAAUUAUAGGUUUGGCAGCGUUGGAGAUGACUGCCGACUACUCCUCUGGGAUUUCAGUGUUGCAAUGCUCCAUCGGCCAAAGGUGCUUCAAGCCACGGCACGACAACGUACUAGCGUUGUGGCACCGUCUAGUCGAAGCCGUACCGACACUCUUUCUUCUAAUCGAGUGCGAUCUGACUCGAACCGUACGGAUAGCAAGCCUGUGGAGGAGAAGGGGGACGAUGUACCUACUUUCCACCCCGUGGAGCCCAGAGCAAGAACUGCACAAUUGCCUCCAAUAAUGUCCAAAGUAAUUGGUGAAGAUCCGAUUUGUUGGCUAGGAUUUCUCGAGGACUGUAUCAUCACUUCGUCACUUGAAGGCCAUAUCCGUACCUGGGAUCGACCGCGAGAAGGCGUGAAUGAAGGGGUUGCUCAUACGACAGCAUCUGGCUCGGAAUCGGCAACUAGCACAGGGCACAUGGGUCGGCCGGGAUCGUAUGAAUCUUAGCGUUAAGACCAUGUAGUACUACGUAAUGACUUAAUGUUGUCCUCCCUUCCCAUGCUUCUUUGCAUUUGGUCGGAUAGAGUCGGCGACGCCUCAUGCGAUCUUUAAAUCUUUUACGUUUCCUUUUCUAACUUUGCCUUUGCAUCAAAGCAGUUCGAUGUUCAUAUAUGCGAAUGAAAUUCUACGCAAACACUAUUUGACAUCAAUAAUGGGAUGGAGUUAUAGAAGGAACUGCGGCGGAGUACCUCACAUUCAUUCACUUACUCUUAUUGCCGUAUGUUCCUGGUUCUCGCAUGUAAAUAUCCAUUCUUGAGAGGAGUCCGUGUAAUUGCAAUGUAUUUUCCUAUCCGCUAAUUUUCGUGCGUAUUUUCGGAUAAUAAUACUUAUAUUCCAUUCUACUUUCUCCUUCCUCGGUUGCGAUCAUAGAAUUACGAUUCCUUUGCUUCCUUGAUUUAUGAAAGUCCAUAA